ACAGUUGCGGUCACCUGAAAACAGCAUCUGCACUAUAGAGAAAACGCUAGACAUUUUUAACGAGGUCCAAAAGACGAAUUAGUGAGGACAACUUUGGAAACGCACGGAGUAAAUGGGCUUGUUUUUACUAAGAAACGGAACAUACCCGGCUAAAUAUUUGGCUUUUUUCCUGGACGAUUUCAAGAGAUGAGCAACUUAAGCACUUCUGUGGCACUUUCACAAAGCGCUCAAAGAGAACCAGCGGGUCGCAUAUUGCUGGGUUUUGCGCUCUCUCUACUAGUGCUAUGGACUCUGUUGGGGAAUCUCACGGUGUGCGCCGCCGUUUUGCGCUUUCGUCACCUGAGAGGUAAAGUGACCAACAUCUUCAUCGUGUCUCUGGCCAUGUCAGACCUUCUCGUGGCUGUUCUGGUUAUGCCGUGGAAAGCCGCCACGGAAGUGUCAGGACACUGGCCGUUUGGGUCUUUCUGCGAGUGCUGGGUGGCUUUUGACAUCAUGUGCUCCACUGCCUCUAUCCUCAACCUGUGCGUAAUAAGCGUGGAUAGAUACUGGGCCAUAUCCAACCCGUUUCAGUACGAGAGGAAAAUGAACCGUAAGGUCGCCCUCGUGAUUGCCAGUGUAAUGUGGAUCGUAUCGGUGACCAUUUCAUUCGUGCCCGUGCAGCUCAACUGGCAUCGCGCGGACCUGGGCACGUUUUCCGGCAACGCAAGCACCAAAGAAACAUGCGACUCGAGCCUGAGCAGAACUUAUGCCGUAUCAUCCUCCCUUAUAAGUUUCUACAUCCCCGUUGCGGUGAUGGUGGUGACAUACACGCGGAUCUAUCGCAUCGCUCAGGUUCAGAUCAAGAAGAUCUCAUCCCUGGAACGCGCGGCGGACCGCGCAGCAAAUCGCGCGCUCAGUUGCGGGACAAGUACGCACGAAUGUCCUCACCAUCAUCGUGCGAUAAGAGAAACAAAACUUUUCAAAACUCUGUCUGUGAUCAUGGGGGUCUUUGUGUGCUGCUGGUUCCCCUUCUUCGUCUUAAAUUGCGCGGUUCCUUUCUGCCAGGAGCCGAACUGUGUGGGCGAGGAAACUUUUAACGUGUUCGUAUGGUUCGGGUGGUGCAACUCAUCGCUCAACCCGAUCAUCUAUGCGUUCAAUUAUGAUUUUAGAGAUGCUUUUGCUCGACUUCUGUGCUGUCGUGACAAGUGCGCCAAGGCAUCCAUUGGUAUUCAGAGCAAAGAUCCGGUUUCCAGUAAUAAUCUGGGCAGUUCUGUGAAUAAUACAUCUGUGGAAGUCAGAUAUGUCAAUUUAGUGCCUGUUGAGGCCAACAGGAUGCCCAAUGAAAUGCACUGUCCUUUAAUGGAGCUACAAAUGUUAAAAAAUGACAGUAGGGUUGAUCAAACUACUAAAGAUAAUGUAAAACGCACAUCAGAAUGACCUUAAGGUUAGGCCUAUACUGUUUGUUUACACAUUUUUUGUUUGCACAUGUUUAAAGAUGACUAUUUAGGUCAAACGCAAAGAUCAGGUUAACCCAAUAGUAGGUACAGACCGGCUGCCAAAGAGCUUGAAAAGUCCAUAGGCUAUCGUUUUCCAUUAGGCACUAGUGCACAGUUAUUUCCUCUCUUAUAAAUAAUUAGUUGGGUGGAAUCUCCUCUCGGAAUAGCAUGUUACAUUUCAGUGUGCAAGAGGAUUGGGGUUCCAGAUUUAGUUUGAUGUGUGAAAGUGCAUAGAUUUGAUCCAGAAAGUGCACACUUUGUCUGUAUGAGGUAAUCUGGUGGUUGAAGAACAUGGUUUUAAAAAGUGUACUGAUGGAGUGCAGAAAUCAGGUAUAUUCUCCUAAAUCAGCUCAUCUUCUAAGACGCUUAUACUCAGGGUACCUCUUGGGUUAUGGUUCAUUCAUUGCAGGGUUUGCACACUUAAUGAGAUCUAAUGCAGGGUCUGACUUGUAAGGCUGUGGACUGCAAUAUCUCCAGAGUCUUUUAAGGACACAUUGGUCUAAAGUACAUUCACGACAUGGCUUCUUAAUUAAUUCACAAUGAGAGGUUUCAGUUGGCUCACAGCAAUGAAUAAAACAUGGGAACGCAAACCCUUAGCUAAUGACCUUAAACAAGUAAAAGAGAUUUUUUUUUAAAUGGUUGAUUGGUUGAUUUUUUUUAAUAAUAAAAGUGUUUACACAUUGCAUGGAUAGGCUAUAUAUGGAUGUGAUGCUCAGUGAAAAAUAAUUUGCAGGGACUUAUGAACGAAUGAGAAAAUGUUUCAAAUUAAUGGGCCCUGCAGCUAAAAAUAUACGUCCUGUGAAUGUCCUUGAUGUCUUAAUUCUUAAAGAUCUCCUAAGGACUGCUUUCAAUUUUGGAAUCCAUAGGGAUGUUUGUCUAUUGAAACAGAUGAAAAGGAGCUGUGAUAGUGCUGUUGAAAACAGAUACAUGCAUUUUGUCACCUGAACUCUUAAUUUAUUUUUGUGGCAGGGGAGUUUAAUAUGACAAUGUGCCAGUAGGUGUUACAACUAAAAUCCUCUUAGAUUUUUUUUUGUUGACUUUUGAGUUUAUUGUAAAGAAAGUUAGGAAGUUAGAUUUUACAAUACAACAUUUGUGUAUGUUUACAAGACAAAUUGUAUUUGGACAUCUUCUGUUUUGUAUAUUCAGUCCAUGGUUAUAGGCCUAGUGAAAUACACCAGUUACUCGGCUUGGUGCACCUAUCUAUCUUGAGACAAGUAUAAGGCAUGCAUUAAAAUAAAGCUUUUACUAGGAAAACUCACCUAAUUUAACUGUGUAUAGUUAUGUAAUAUUCCACUUUAAACACCAUAUCCUGCUACAACCCUGUACAAUUUUAGAAUUUAUUUUGCCUCUCACUGUUGUUUGAACUUCCUGUGUGUUCAGUUAAGCACCUAUUCUGACUUCCGAGAGAGCCCUGUCUAGCCAUCGACGGAAGUCACACUUACAAAUGUAUAACACAUUAGUAUGCAUAUUAGUGAGCAUCAAAGUCUAUCAUAGUAGACACAUAUUCAUACCUCUUUG